AUGUCCAACACCGUCAUCGUCGGCGCCGGCAUCAUCGGCGUCUCAACCGCCUACUACCUCUCCGAACCCUCCCACACCCUCGCCCAAUCCAUCCACCUCAUCGACCCCGCCGACGAACUCUUCAACUGCGCCUCCGGUCUCGCGGGUGGAUUUCUCGCCGAAGAUUGGUUCGCCCCCUCCGUCGCCCCCCUCGGCGUCCUCUCCUUCCGCCUCCACCGUGAGCUCGCCGAGGCCCACGAUGGGAAGACGCACUGGGACUACAGCCGCAGCACCGCGGUGUCGAUGUCCGGCGACAGCGAGUCGGCGAUCGGCGGCAGUGGGGAAGAUUGGUUGCGCGACGGGACGAGCCGCGCGCGGGCGGCGACCGAGCCGACGGGGAGCGAGGGGUUACAGGGGGGGGAGCCGGCGUGGUUGGCGAGGGGGGAGGGGGUGAGUGUGGAGGUGAUUAGUACGAAGGGGAGUGUGGCGCAGAUCGACCCGUGGAAACUCUGCGAAUGGCUCCUGAGUAAGUGCAAGGAGCGUGGGGUCCACGUCCACAAUCCCGCCCACGCCAUCUCCGUCGCGAAAGAUGUCCGUGACACUCUUUCGAGCGUGCGUAUCCGCGAGAAAGACGGCGUCGAAACAGACCUCCCCUGCCACCGCCUCAUCCUCACCGCCGGCGCCUGGACCCCCCGCGUCUUCCGCACCCUCUUCCCGCACUCCCCCGCCGCCAUCCCCAUCUCCCCGCUCGCGGGCCACGCGCUCCUCGUGCGCUCGCCGCGCUGGACGGCCGCGCAGGGCGACGAGGGGUGCCAUGCGGUGUUCGCGACGGAUACGCUGGGGUUCUCGCCGGAGGUGUUUAGUCGACGGGGGGGACGGAUUUACGUGGCGGGGCUGAAUAGUACGAUGGAGAGGUUGCCGGAAGAGGUGAACGAUGUGGGGGUAGGGGAGGGGGAGAAGAUGAGGGUGGCGGUGGAGCGGAUGAGGGGGGUGGGGAGGAGGAUGUUGGGUGGGGAGGAGGUGGAGGUGGUGAGAGCUUCUAUGUGUUUUCGGCCGGUGACGGCGAGUGGGCGGCCGUUGCUUUGUAAGGUUCCGGAUCGGGUGUUGGGGGAUGGGUUGUGGACGAGGGGAGGGGGGGAUGGAGGCGUGUUCAUAUCGGCUGGUCAUGGCGCAUGGGGUAUCUCUCAAUGUUUGGGUACAGGACUUGUUCUGGCGGAGUUGGUCGAAGGGAGGAAGAUAUCGGUGAAUAUCACGCCGUUGGCACUGGCAACCUGGUGA